GAAAACGCGAGACAGUACAAGCUUUGCUUUCUGGCAUAAUAUGGGUUCUGGGAGGACAGCAGUCUAUGUGAUAGUUCGAGGCAUGGGCUGCGGUGGUGGUAAACAUGUUCCUCCGUCAGAAGAUUACUUUCGUCGCGUCGAGCAGCAUGAAGACCCGGUCGAUGGAUCGUCGAAAUACCUGGAGGAAGAGCAAGAUCGCGAUAAUGGUGUACCAAAGAAAGUGGGAGCGCAACGAACGACAAAUGAAGAUAGAAGCAGGUCUACGUCGCGGGCGAGGCAGCAUCAAGGGCAUCGUGGUGAACAGGAUGCGGAUCUUCAAGGUGGGAGUGGUGGCGGAACGUCUUUGGUUGGUAUCACGCGCGUCUCGCCGCACGGAGCAGCAUCGACCGCUGCGCCACACAGCCGUAAGAGGGGAAGAGAAAGAAAAGCUAGCAGACGGUCCUCUUCCGAAGAGAGCGGCGGGGAUGAAGACGGGGCGCGACCAUCAUUCGCGAAUUCGCUCGGUCGAGAGUCAGAUGACGACGACGCGCAUGCAGUUUCAGCCGCACACUUGCGCCCGCGGCAGAUAGCACUUGACGAGUCAUCAGAUGUAAAAUUUUUGAUGUUGACUACCCGCUGAUGCUGUGGUGAUGUUUACCUUAUGCAUUUUAGGCUUUGAUACACCAGGUGAGAUAAUUCUUAUACGGUUCUUCUCAGUGACUGCAGACUUACCAAUUCCAUCCAAACUCUUAGGCACAUUAACACACAAAUAAAACGAAAAAUGUCAUCCAGCAGCAAACCGCCUCUCUGUCCUAUGAUCAGGAUUUUUUUCAUCUCCAGUUGAGUACUGUUUUUGACUAUCUAAGGUUCGCGAGCUUAUCCGGUUCUUCUCUUCUCAUUUUUUCAGGAUGUCUCGGAGAUUUUUCCGAAUGACGUUUCCGUAUCAAGAGACACGCGCGACUUGCUUGUGAACUGGCUGCGAUGGGCUGCCAACCAGAGACGACUGAAAAUGGAGCAGCGAUACAAGCAGAUGCAGAACGACGCUCGCUUCAACCGAGCAGCCCGACCUGCGUACAUUGAAGACCAACCGACGCCACCUGCAACCCCACGAGCUAAGAGAAAGAAGAAGCAUAAAGACCCGGUUCUUGACACGGGAUCGACGGGUCCGAAUGUAAGAAUCGAUGUAUUUAUUAUAUUGCGGCAUGACCUUGUCCUUGUUUAUUUUCCUUGUAGUUUGCAUUGCCGAUAGAAACAUGAGAUGCUCGCUCUCGCAGAUUGUAGUGUUGAGUGUCAUGUUUUGCACCAAGCAGAAUAUCAAUAUCAUGUGAAUGAAAAAGAGGAAAUGAAUCACGAAAAAUACUGCAAAACCACCAAUAACAGGACAAUGUAGGCGGCAGCUCCGCAGUGUCUAGCCCGGUGGGUAGUGGCGCAAGUCCUUGUGGAAGACAGAGUCAAAAUCGUAGCUCCGCGCUUGACGAAAUGAGACGAACCUCAACGUCCGCCGCGCGAUCCUCUGCUACUCCAGGUUCAGCGGGUUUUCUCGGUGAGGCGCGCGAGGCCCGCGAGCGUGCUAUGGAUACACAGGGGACACGCCUAAAGCUGGGGCGCGCUAUGCCAGAUCAAAAUAUUGCGCACACAGCGAACGCAUCUGAAACUCCAGGUUUCGGUAUGGACACGCCAGGGUUUGGUCCCGGAACGCCGGGUUUUCCGGGAGGUUCUGCAAUAGGUUCGGCGCAGGGCUCGCGCAGUGUGAGCGUUGUAGGUAGCGCGAUUUCCGCGUCCCCUCUACCUGUGCUAAGUCCGUGGCUAGCGAAUGCGAUUCCUGGCGACCGCGGCACCAGCCUCGAGGCCGUAGUAGAGGGAGAGGAGGAGUUGGAAGCCUCAUCCGCCGAGGACAUGAUCAUUGGAGAAGGCCAACUGAUCGUGCAGCUCGGAGAAGUUGCAGCAGCAACAGAACCUCGCAGUGUUGACGCUCAUAGGGACCAGGCUUCGAUAAACGGUGACGAAAAAGCAAAGCAACAGAUAGACGAAGCCUACCAGCAAACAGGUGGGGGCACUGCUUCCGCGCGAAGUAGUGUUGCAGGUUUUGGUAACGCCACUACCGCAGGAGCUGGUACACCCGUUACUGCAGUCGCGUCGUCGCGUGCUGACUCGAAGCGGAGUAGUACACGAGUCAGCGGCGUUCAGAUAGGUGACAUGACGUUGACAGACGGAAGCCUAUUCGUCGAGGCGGUGGCGGCAAAAAGUGUGAACCCGGACGCAGAUUCUGGCGCAACAACAGCAGCGGAAGCGAGUGGCGCCACGGUCACCGCGUCUUCUCCAGAGCAGGACGAAUUACAACUCGCUGUUAGUCCUGAAAAUUCGCCAUCUCACCAAAGCGGAGCGUCACCGAUCACGGCAGCAGCGAUGGUUCGUCAAGGUGGGGAUGCGAUAGGCGCACGAAGCCCUUCGGGGGACGACGCCAAAGGGAACAAUGCCCCAGGUGAAGCAGGUCUCUGCAGGAGUAGCCCGUCUUCGGCAUCUACGGUAUCACCACGAGCAAGUAGGACACAGCCACCCUGGGAUCCCGAUCCCUCGGACCUUUACAAAUGGAACGAGUCUGUUUUCUACUGGUCAGCUACGCGUGACCGGUGGAUGCCAGCACGGGUUAAGCAAAAGAUCGACUCGGAAGUCUACGUUCUCGACAAGAACAACCGCAAUUGCCUCAGCCAUGUAUGGGUCGGCGAGAUCCUCUCCGCAAAGGACCUCAAUAAGGACCGCGUACUUUCGCUUCUGCACACGGUGCUCGGUCGAGGUGGAGCUGUAGUGCGGGGCGAUUUCUCGAGCGAUUCCUCCUCUGACGACGGCGAUGGCAGAAGCCGAGGGCCGCCAGGAGGCACGCCACGUCCUCUGAUGUCUUCCCCAGGCCGUUUCACUGAUGAGGACUCCUCAGACGAAAGCGACAACGAAUGAGCCGCACCCGCACCUGAUUAGCAUUUUGCGCCACCUGCACUUGGACUUGUUGAUGACAUUUGUCAGCCGGAUGAUUUACCUUCUAAAACCUGUCAAAACGCUUGUUCUUGUUGUAUGGAUUUUCUAGCAAUAACUGACCUUCUUCCACUAAACGGCGCUACUGAGCAUUCGCAUAUCGUUUGCUUAUCUCCUGUUUACGAGAAUCAAUCACGUGCGG